AUGAUUAGAACUCAUCGUAAUUUUGGGUAUCUCUCGUCUAUUUGGGUGCGGGUGAUUCUUGUGAUCCACAUGAGCUGCUGGGCUUUCUCGGCGAUUGCAUCGAUCGAGAGUGCACACUUUCUGGCGACGAAGCAGCUCGUUUCUCUGGACACAGUAGACGAAGGAUGCAAGGGUGGGUUAUCGGAGAAUGAGUUUCAGUUCGUGGUGGGAAACGGUGGUGUCACCACAGAGGAGACCUAUCCAUAUACUGGAUUUGCGGGCAGUUGCAACGCGAACAGGUUGCGAUUCGCUGGAUCACGCAUUGGAUAUGGAAUCAAAGGUGGGAUGCCCUCCUGGAUCAUCAAAAACACUUCCUGGGGGGAGGAUGGAUUCAUGAAAUUCGAGCAAAAGGAUGGAGACGGGAUGUGUGGGAUGGACGGGGACUCGUCGUAUCCCACUACUUCCGUUCUCUAG